AAACAGCAGCACCCCUGGGGGACAACCGUAGACACCCCCCAUGGGGCAAGGUCCUCCUGCCGCUAGAGAGUCCCUGGCAGACAGAAGACUCAAGGAGAAGGACGGGAUGCAGGGGGCAGGCCAGCAGAGGUGGCCACCGAUGGGGCUGCUACUGCUGCUGCUGCUCUGUGUCUCAGGGCUCCAAGCUGAGGGUGAAAGUGAGGAGCAGAAGUGCCUACAGGAGGGCAGGAACCUGACCGUGACCUGUCCUUACAACAUCAACAAGUAUGCCUUCAGCCUGAAGGCCUGGCAGCGGGUGCGGAGCGACGGCAGCCUGGAGACUCUGGUGAUCACGGAGACUAGAAAUGCAGACCUAAACGUGGCCCAGGCUGGGAGGUACCUGCUGGAGGAUUAUCCCACUGAAGCCAUCAUCAAAGUCACCAUGACCGGGCUCCAGAGGGGGGACGCAGGGCUGUACCAGUGCGUGAUCCACCUCACUUCUCAGAACCUUGUCAUCCUGCACCAUCGGAUUCGGCUAGUGCAGUGCAGUGGUGAUGUUCCUGCUCUGAUUUUUGUGGCCUGCGGAUUCAUCUUGAACAAGGGCCUGGUGUUCUCAGUCCUGUUUGUCCUCCUCCGGAAGUCCAGGCCUCAGGUACAUGGCCAGACUUAAGGUGAAACGAAGGCAGGGCAGAGACACCUGCUCCAGAUGAUGGGGAGGGUGGGGUUCCUAGCCCCUCCCUGUGCCCUGAUUUCUCUUCUCAGAAGGUCUUUGGUCAGGGGGCAGGGCCAGCCCCUGGGACAGUGCCAGGCGUGGGCCAAGACGCUGGGAUCAAUGCCAAGCGGGCUGAGCGGGUCCCGCAGGAUGGGAGGAACUGACAGGAGGUAAGCAGCCCCUUUCCUCAGGGUGGGGA